ACAAAAUAUUGGACCUAAUGGAAAAUAUCUUGAUGUUCAUUUCGAACACAGAUUUGUAGACGGUACUUCAAACCCGUACCUAGUCUUUUCGGCCCUUAUUGCUUCAGGAGUUGAUGGAAUUAAGAAAGGAAUGCAGCUUACUACUCAUCCUAUUCUCGAUAAUCCUGCUUCUUUAAACAAUGAAGAACAUAUAAAACAAGGUGUUACUGAUAGAAUGCCAGAUAGUUUAUCGGAUGCAUUGAAAGUCUUGAGGGAGGAUAAAAUACUCAUCGACGCUUUAG